AUGACUUACUACGGCGACAACGCUCCUGAGCUUGCUGCUUCAGUCAUCGCGCUGGCAGUCAUUGCUUACAUUCUUUUCGGACUGCGAGUCUAUACAAGACUACACAACAAUGCUUGGGGCUUGGAUGACUGGAGCAUGACAGCUGCAACUGUCCCCUUUACUGGCUUGACGAUAGCAUGCAUUGGGGGCGCCUUCAGCGGAGUCGGAGUUCACGACGACAAACUCAGUACAGAAGAGAAAGUGAAAGGGAUGGAGUUCUUCUUUUUCUUCGAGGUCUUCUACUGUGCAGCAAUCAUCCCCAUCAAGAUGAGCAUCUCGUUCAUGCUCAUCCGCAUCGCAUCCCGGAGAAAAGCCUACAUCUACAGCUUAUACGCCGUCUCAGCCAUGUUUAUCGUCAUGAACCUAAUUGCGAUGCUGUACAUCAUUUUCCAGUGCGCACCAGUGUCGUACGCUUGGGAUACCUCGACCCCUGGUGGAAAGUGCAAUCCAGCGCAGACACUCGCCGACAUAUACUACGCGACGACUGCAGUCAACAUUGCGACGGAUUGGUUCUGCGCACUCUUACCCAUACCGCUGCUCUGGAACGUACAGUUGAACCGUAAUGCUAAGCUUUCGGUCGGCGUGAUUCUCGGUCUCGGUGCAUUGGCAAGUCUUUCAGCAUGCAUUCGUCUUGUCUACACUGUUAAUCUAACCAAUGCGACCGACUACCUUCACGGUGUAUCUAAGGUGAUCCUCUGGGGUUACGCUGAAAAUGGUGUUGGCAUGAUCGUAGGAUGCGUCGCCACACUCCGUCCUCUCCUCCAACGCGUACUCAAACUCGGAAGCAGCGGUAGCUCACAUCCUCACCACACCCCCGCAGCAGGCUAUGCGAAACGACCGGUCAUAAAGAGUCGUUUGAGUGGAAGAGACGAAGAGUGGGUUGCCCUGGAAGAUGGCCAGAUGGUCAACAUGGUGCAUGGGCAAGGGAGUACUGGGAGCGAAGAAUACAUCCUGCCCGUGAAAGGCGGCGGUAUACAGGUCACUAGAAGCGUGGAGCAACGAUCCAGCGCCCUGAAAGACUAG